AUGAUUCAGCUGACAGCUACUCCUAUAAGUGCACUUGUUGACGAGCCAGUACAUAUCCAAGUUACAGGCCUGUAUCCUUCUCAGAUGGUAGUUUUUGCGGCAUCACUGCAAGAUGAACAGGGAAACAUGUUUCAUUCUCAAGCUUGCUAUAAGGCCAAUGAAGUUGGUGAAGUGGAUCUGGAGUAUGCUUCUGCACUUGGAGGUGACUAUGUUGGAGUCCAUCCUAUGGGUCUCUUCUGGUCCAUGAAACCCAAGAAGUUAUUAACUAGACUGAUGAAAAAAGAUGUGAUGAAUUGUCCCUUCCAGGUCCCCCUGAAACUGUAUGACUUAGAUAUCUCAGUGAUUAAGUUUACUACAGCUACUCCAAAGGCCAGCCUGACUGUGGAGAGGUGGUAUGUGGCACCUGGUGUCACACGGACCCAGGUCCGAGAAGGUCGCAUUCGGGGAGCCCUCCUUCUCCCUCCAGGAGAUGGCCCUUUCCCAGCAGUAAUUGAUUUGUUUGGUGGUACUGGUGGCCUGAUUGAAUACCGGUCCAGUCUCAUGGCCAGUCGUGGCUUUGCCUCCUUGGCCUUGGCUUACUUUGGCUAUGAAGACCUGCCUUCAAACAUAGGAAAACUAGAUUUGGGAUAUUUUGAAGAAGCUGCCAACUUUCUUCUGAAACAUCCUAAGGUCCUUGGCCCAGGCAUUGGUGUUGUUUCCAUAUGCAAAGGAGCAGAGAUUGGACUCUCCAUGGCUAUUCACCUCAAACAAAUCACAGCCACCGUACUUAUUAAUGGGCCCAAAUUUCUUUUCCAAGAUUCGCAGGAAUAUCGUGGUCAUAUCAGUCAGCCCUUGCCCUACGCUUUACAUUUACUAUCCAAAAAUGCCUUAGGUUUAAUAGAGUUCCGUCAUUUUUUAGGGGACCCUCGAGAUGAGGCCAGUAGGCCUUUUCUCCCCAUUGAAAAGGCCCAGGGACAUUUUCUCUUCAUUGUGGGAGAGGAAGAUAAGAGUUUAAACAGCAAAGUAUUUGCUGAGCAUGCCAUAGGACAGCUGAAGAAAAAUGGGAAGAAAAACUGGACCCUGCUGUCUUACCCUGGGGCAGGCCACCUGAUAGAGCCUCCUUAUGCCCCACUGUGCUGUGGCUCAUGGAACACCAACAUUCCAGUACACUGGGGAGGAGAGGUGAUCCCUCAUGCAGCUGCGCAGGGACAUUCUUGGAAGGAGAUCCAGAAGUUUCUCAGGAAGCACCUCAUUCCAGUGUUGACUAGUCAACUCUGAGGAAAGUAGAUAGUCCUGGGAAAUAUUCAAGGAAAUCUCUUUACUAGCACCUUCUCGUGAUUUUUAUAAAGGAAUGUUUUUGAUCCCUUAUUGUAAGAAGGAAGUUACAGCAAGAGAAGUCAGAACGACUGAAAUAGUAAUGUCUUAACUUUAGAAAGAGAAAAUUGGUUUCUGCUUAACUCAAUAUUUUAUACGAAGGGUCCUAUAUUUGUAGAAACAAAUUUAGAGAUUUACCUUCCUCCAAAUAUUCCGGUUCACAAUU